CCGACACUGAAUUGAUGUUUACGAAUGGCGGCGCUUUGAAAGAUAUCGCGAAGUGUGCAAUGAUUUAAUCUUGUGUUUUGCAGAUAAACAAACACAAGCAUAAAAAAUGACAACAUACGACGAAUUUUUUGAUGCUGAAAAGAAUGGAAGUGCAUCUGCUCCUCAGAUAAACCUAUUCAACUUCGAGGAUCCUAAAUUUGAGGAUAGUAAAUAUGUCCUAACAAGUCCAAGGUCUCUAGAAGCUUGUGCUAGAGUUGGUGUAAAGCCAGUGAAUCUGUUGUACAAACCGUUAUCAGAUUUUCAAGAAGAACUUUUACCUCAGGACAUUCCCCUUAGAACAAUCUACAAUGUUUAUGAUGAACAUGAGCAUGACAGACAAAGAAAAUUACGACUCUGCAGGAAUGAGAGAAAUAAGAUUGAAAUUGCUCCUCCAAGCAAGAAAUCUGCAAAAAAAGGAAGUGGAAAGUCUCAAGUGACAAGGACCCGGUCCGCUCGGUCCCCCUCAGCACGUGGCCGACUAACUCGAACCCUGUCAGAUGAAGGCCUGAAUAAAAGUAAGAGCAGUCUGCAGAGAAGUAGAACAGCCUGGUCAACCUCAGUGGGACACAAGAGGGUCACCCCCAAUGAACUCAAUCACAGAAUGUCAGAGCUUCAUGAAGAAAGUAUGAAGUUAAGAAAUGAACUCCUGUCCAGAAAAGAGAGACCUAAAUCAGCUCGGGCGGCCAAGAAGUCGUCAUCCUUGAGGAGAAGUAAGAGUGCCUCCAACCUGUCCCUGUCUGCCAGCUCCCUGCUGAACAAGAGCUCCAUAAGAGAGGCUCGGCCAAUAGAAAACUCGAAACUCAGGAAAACCCUCAGUAAAUCACAGGAUCUCUCCAACAUUACAGCCACUCCCAGGGACCAGAGAAUUUUAGAAUUGAUGAUGAUGAAAGGUGAAGGUGAGAUUUCAGCGAACCGUGACCGUUUCGUGGCUGACCUGGCCUGGGAGGAACAGAGGAAGCUGGAGGAAGAGGUCAAGGUCAGAACAGAGAUGAAAAGGAGGCAGAUGUUGGCAGAAGAGAACCGGAUCAGAGACAUGAAAAAGAAACAGAUGGACAAAAGAAGAAAGAAAGAAGAAGAGAAAUGGAAAGAGAGUGUUAAUAAAAGCCUACAGAGCAGCAUGCAUGGAUGGGAGAGGCGGUCACAGACUCAGCUCAGAAUGAGGGACCUGCAGCUGUCAGAGAAGAAAGAAAAAGAAGAUCUGCGGAAGAGACUCCAGGAAACCAACAAAACGUUUUUGUCGAGAGAUGAGGAGGAAAUGAGGGAUCUCAUUCGAAUGAAAAGUGAGAGUGAUCUGAGGUCAGCUUCUCAGAAAAAAGAAAAUCGUCUUCUGCAAGAAACCAUGCGAAAACUUUUGGAGGACCGAAGUAAGAGAGAAUUAUUUGAGCAGCGACAAAGGGAACUAGAAAAGCUAACAGAGGAGGAGGAGGAGGGGCUCCGUGCCAGCAUCAACAAGAAACACAUACACGCCUCCUACAACCACCAACAGGCCAUAGAGAGGCGGGAAAAGGAACUCAAUCUCAGCAGAAUGGAGCGGGAGAAGAAAUCUCUGCAGGCCCAGCUUGCUCAGCAGAAACUGGAGGAGGAGAUGGAGGAAUGGAGAUCUUCAAUAACAAACCACAGGAAAAUGGCAGAGGAGCAUGCAUCAGAAAUAGUGGCCAGGAAGAUGGAAGUGAAAGUGAAACAAGCAAAGGAGGUCCGGGAGGAGAAAGAGCAGCAUCUCCGAGAGAAGCUGAAACAAAUUGAAAAAGAAGAAAGGUUGAGGAAAAGAGAGGUUGAAGAUGAUAUUCUCCUGAAAGAACAGCGAGCACGCAGCCUAGAACUGGACAAAAGUGUUACUAUUCAAAAGUGCAGAGAGGUGGCCCACCAGUCCCAAGUCCUGAGGAACAGCCUGAGGGAGAAGUACGGCGGCGAGAGCUUCGACAAGAAAGUUCAAAAAGUCAACCUCUACAACAAACUAAACCUUGGCAAUUACGUCUCACAGAGGAAAGCCUGAGUCACCCAGUGAAUGGACCAAUAGACUGACAAGGAAUAAGUCUCCAUCAGAGCCAAUGUCAGCACCUGUAUUUAAUACAAAAAGGACUGUAGAUUGUACAUUCCAAAGCAAAAAACAAAUUGCAAAUUUAGUCUGUGAUAUUUGUCUUGUAUUCAGAAAUUUUAUGAUUGCAUUUAAUUUAGGUAUGGACUUGAAUAUCUUUAUUUUUUUUUAAAACAUUGUGAGAAAUUGUUUUGUUACCAAGUGGGUUAUUUUUAUAUGUGGAUUUUUGAGGGGUUGGGGGUGUGUAUAAAAGAAUGUUUGAAUUUUUAUUUGCAUGCAAUGCAAUGCAGUAUGAACUUUACAAAAAGUCAAAGUCAGCGUUGUUUGUUUGGUACUUGAUGUUACUUUUAUUUGUGUCUAUAUGUAAGUAAUAAUCUCCCCGAGAUUUUUGUCAUCAUUACAAUGAAAUCUGGCAAUGGUUCUACACAUUUAUGAUGAUGUUUGUGCAUUUAUACAACACUUUAUACAGUAUCUGUGAACAGUACUAGCAUCUGUGCUGCAAUAUUUAUUCACUCAAUGAACAGAGCCGGAGACAAAUAUCUAUAAAAAGGAAGUGAAAUACUUGUAUAAAGCAUUGGACUUUAGACUUACAUGUACAUGGAAAUGUGUUAGAUAUACAUGUAUUAUAGACUAGGUAAUUUAUUUCAAAUAUAAUUAUACUGAAUGUUCCUGUGGAUGAGAUUUUGUGAGUGUUGUAUGCAUGUCACUAAUAUUAUUUGGAAUGUAUCUGGCCAGUCUGAAAAGGACGAAUGAUUUGAUCUUAUAGUUGUCAUACAAGUUAAAUCUUCUUAGUGUUUAGUUUGAAUAGGACAUUCUCUUAGCGACAUUGUACUUUCCAUAUUUAUGGUCAUUUGUUAGAUAAAGAACAUUGAAUAUUUUA